CCCGUGACGCGGCCACCAGCGCCGCGGUCCGCGAUAGUCCGCGAGCCCACAGCGCGCGCCAUGGACGUCAACCGGACAUCGCCGGCGGCCGAGCAGGCCGGGGGCGAGGCGGGAGAGUUCCGCGACAAGAAAUUCCUCUUCUCGGACGCGCGCGGCGGCGGCCGAGACGUGUGGAUCGUGCGCGGCUUCCAGGUGUCGAAGCUGACGCUGUACCAGGUGCUGACGGUGGCGCUGGGCGCGCUGGCGGUGCUCUUCCUCAUCCUGCUGAUCGCCGUGUCGGCGGGCGGCGGCGGCGGCGGCGGCGCGGCCACGCCGCGGUCCAGUGCGCUUACCGGCCACGAGUGUGAGCAGCCGGCCUGCAUCCAGCAGGCGGCACAGAUGGUCGGCUACAUGAACUACUCGGUGAACCCGUGUGACGACUUCUACGAGUACGCCUGCGGCCAGUUCAGCGUGCGCCACCCGCGCGGCAUCCACAUAAGCUACGGCGUCAGUAACAUGCUGGAGGACUACAACCGCGGCCGGCUGGAGGAGCUCCUGGAGCAGCCGCAAUUUCACGACGACGACUCGGCCACCAGCAAGGCGCGCACGUUCUACACAUCGUGCAUCAACGCCUAUGACCAGAGUGACAACAACGCACGCAGCAUGGUGGACCUGAUCAACUCGCUGGGCGGCAUGGAGCUAUUCGGGACAUGGCAGGAGGACGGCUGGGACUUCCUCCAGACGUUCCAGAAGACGCGCGAGCUGCACCGCGUGCGCCUCUUCUUCGUGGUGAUCUGGUUCCAGAAGCUGAACCGCAUCAUCAUCCGGCUGCCGCGGCUGGGGCUUAGCGUGAGCAGCGCCUACAAGGUGGGCGACCCGCUGCACAACUCCACCAUGGACAACUACCGGCGCACCAUCACCAACGUUCUGGAGCUACUGGAGCGCGACAGCCUCGUGCUCGAACGCAAGGUGGAGCGCAACUGCAACAGCUCAUGCGUGCAGGAGAUCGUCGACGACAUCGUGGACGUGGAGACGCAGAUCAGCCAACUGGCCCCGGGCAUCAUCGACAUCCUGCCGAGUCCGCGCAACAACGUCAACAUGACGGGGCUCGGCCAGCUCACCGACCGCAUUGACUGGAUGGAGCUGAUGGACGCGCUCUUCGGCAAGGGGUCCAUCACCAACACCGUGUCCGUGCACAUCCCCAGCCGCGACUACAUGACCGGCAUUAACAACCUCAUCAACAAGACCAGCAAGCGCAAGAUGCAGCACUACAUGAUGUGGGCGCUGAUCCGGCAGUACCUGACGGCGCUCGGCCCCAAGUACUCGAUCCUCGGCCAAGAGCUCGAGCACAGCAUCGACGGCCGGGAGACCAAGUCGCGCGAGCAGAUCUGCUACGACCUGCUGCGGACGUACAUGGGCCGCGCCGUGCGCGCGCUCUUCAUCUCGGGUCACAUCGGCGACCAGAAGGUGGAAUCCGUGCGCUCGCUGGUGGCUGACGUGCGCGAUGUGCUCAACGACAGCUUCGGCUGGAUGACAGAGUCGGCGCGCCAGACGUCACAAGAGGUGCUGCGCAACCUGACGGUGCUCUACGGCCACACGCCGUGGAUCACCAACAAGCAGAAACUCGACGACUACUACAAGCACCUAUCGCUCGACACGACCGACUUCUUCCAGAACUUACGCGCCGCCUACGAGUCCCAGUCGAUCGAGUACAAGAGCAAAGGCACCACUAUGGAGGACGAGAGCGAGGCCGAAAACGGCUACUGGAUCAAGUCGGAGCCGUCCGACGUCAAGAUCUCCUUCAGCCCGCUGCUGCUGGCCAUGAACGUGCCGUACGGCGCGUUGCAGGUGCCCUGGUACCACCACGAGAACCCCAGCUACAUCAACUCGGCGGCGCUCGGCUCGAUUCUGUACAGCGUGCUGGCUCAGCCGUUCUUGCUGCAGCACCGCACCUUCCGCACGCCCAACUGGUGGGACACCGAGACCACUAACAAGUACAAGGACUACAAGACGUGCAUCCGCGACCGCUUCAGCAAGUACGAGACGCACAUCCCACGCGGCUUCCAGAUGAGCCAGGGUCGGCAGAAGGUGAUGUUCAUGCGUCCGGUGGUGCCGCUCGACCCGCGCCCCUCCAUGGACUACCUGCAGGCGCAGCACUAUGCGCUGCAGCUGGCCUACAAGCUGCACAAGAAACUGGAGGCCAAGCAGACCUCCGGCCCCAUCCUGCUGCCGGGCAUGAAGCACACGACCACCGACCAGUCCUUCUUCCUCGCGUACGCGCAGAGCCGCUGCCAGAACAACCAGAUGUACCUAGAGGUUCUACUCAACGCCGCCUUCCACAAGUUCCCGCACCCCAAACUGAUAAACAAUCUGGUGUUCAACAACCCGCAUUUCAAGGAGGCGUACCAGUGCAACAAAGUGCCGCCGCAACAUUCCAGUCGAGAGUGCAACCUGGUCUGAGCGCCCAGGCGAGACCGACCGGUCCGGCCCCGGCGGAGCCCCGCGCGCCGCCAGUGCGCCGCG